ACCUUAUGCACAGUGAGGACUGUUCAUUUAUGGUAGUCUGAGAGAGAUGCACACAUAGUCAGAGAGGAAGACCCUUACAGGCAGGUGCAGAGAGAGACAGUUAGAACAUGACAGAGGAAGAUAAGAUAAGUGAAAUGGCUCAGGAGUCCAACCAGACCCAAGUGCUCUGUGCGACUGGUUGUGGGUUCUACGGGAACCCACGUAAUAAUGGCAUGUGCUCAGUGUGCUACAAAGAUUCCUUACAGCGACAGAACAACAGUGGCAGAUCCAGUGACACAGUGUCUUCUAGCAAAAGCAGUAUUGGAGAAUCUAUGACGGUACAAUCGACGUCACAGCAUGAACAACACAGAUCUUCUCUCAGCAUCCUCUCCAGUCAGAUUUUGUCAACACCAGCAGCAGCUGCGCAUAAAGGUGAAGCUUCAGGAGUUGCUCAAGCAGCUCUGAAAACACAGGAAGUACCAGAUGAAGUGUCAAGCAGCAGAUUGACAAGAAACAUUCAGGAGAAAGCUACUACAGACCAGCUGCUUACAGCAGGUAUCUCAAUGGAGUAUAGCAUAUCAAGAGGAAAGAGAAAACUAGAAGAAACUUCUGUGCAAGUAGACUUUCGACUGUCUGAAUCAGAUGCAGUCUCAGAGCAGACCUCUGACGUACCAGACCAGUCAAAACCCAAGAAGAACCGCUGCUUCACAUGUCGCAAAAAAGUGGGGCUCACUGGCUUCGACUGCAGAUGUGGACACUUAUUUUGUACCGUUCACCGAUACUCUGACACUCACAACUGUAGUUUUGAUUACAAGGCUGAUGCAGCUGAAAAAAUAAGGAAAGAAAACCCUCUCAUCAUCGGGGAGAAAGUCAAGAAAAUUUGAGCUGUGGAUUGCAAAGAUGUUUUGGCCCUCCCUUCCCCAACACCUUUUUCAAGACCCUUAAAGUUGUAUGUGCCACAAUUAACCACAUCUACGCAAGUUUGUUUAGUGCCUUUUUUUGUUUUAUUUGACCUCUCAAAUAUAUUUACUUUAAAAAUACUGUGGUUUGUCAACUACUAAAUAUUUAUAUAAUUGCAGCAUUAGGUUAAUUCCCUAAAUGAGUGUUUUUUCUGAUAUACUGAGACAACUUGGGUGGCUGUGCAUUGUGCAAAGCUUGCAUUUUAAAACCAUUGCCAGAUUUUGCCUUCGUUUUUUGUUUUAGAUUCUUGAAAUCAGGAGUAUAAGCAAUACAGUUACAGAUAUUUACUUUCAAUUAAAAAAAAGGUCCUUUUCAACCUUAUUUCAAAUAAAGGGGCUCAUACAAGUAAUUUCAAAUAUACAAACGAUUAUGCAUGUGCGACUGCGUUCUCCAAAUUAACACAUUUUUUGCACUUCACUACAGACUGUGAUUACUUUUUUAUUGUUCAUAUAUGAGUGAAAGUUUUAUUUAUAUAGUUCAUUUAUGAGUGAAAGUUUUAUUUAUGUUUGUGUGUUCACUGCAUUCAUGUUCAAUAAAAUGACAAAUCACACUGUAGCAAGGGGUAUAGUGAAUCAAUUCAUCUUGCUAUAAUAUCGCUGUUUAUUAUUAUUAUUAUUAGUCAAAUGCUUUAUAAGACACUUGCUUUGGAAUCUGAGCUCUGAGAUAAAUGAAAUAUGACUGAUUUUAAUACAAGACUGGAAUAAAUGGUCAUUUACAUAUUACAUGCCUCUGUUUACUAUCUGAAAGUGUUGCCAAGUCUGCAGGUUUCCUGCCAAAUUGGGCUGCUUAAUUUGUUGCAGGAAGAUAUUUUUUUCAGAACUCAUAGAGGAAUCGUAUGAUUUCGUUUGAGUUGGCUAAAUUGUGGCUAAAUCGUAAUCAUACGAGUUGGGUUGUAUGACUUUGUGUAACUUACACCAGCCCAUCAGGUGACUCCAUCUCCUAAAACUACUUACAAUUACUUUCUUCCAUCAUACACAACAUACUCUUUAUGCUUCAGAUCAUGCUUAGGGACUACUUUAUGGUUAGGUUUGGAUAUAGAUUUUGGGUUAGGACAUAAAAUUAAUUGGCAUGCACACAACGUCUGACCUGCAGAACUUUUGCUUACAAAGGCUAAUUUAUACUUGCUAUACUUUUGUUCUGCCAAAUGUGUUCGUUUGGUGAUAUUUUUCCUGUUCACUCACAUCUCUGAAAUUCUUGACCUGGGAGAACUAGACUGGUCGAAGAGCAUUGAAGAUUAGUUAAAACUAAUCAUGGGUGGGGUUUGGAU